AUGCCUACCCUCAUCACGGAACUCGUGAACCGCCGCAGCUCCGCCCCCUUUCCGGAAGCGACAUGGAGGCUGGCCUUGUACCUCGCAUUUUGCACCCAGUGGAAACCAUCUGUUGGGAGCUCAGGGGGUCUUUAUCGCAGGUGGGAUGGAGAGAAUGCACGGAUCCAGAAUCCUCUCCAAGAGUUCAUCUCCGUGAAAGAAAUCAUGUGCUCCUCUCUUUGCUCCGGGAAUCCGGAGUGCAUCAGCUUCGUAACGGAGACGAGGAACGGGGAAGACGUCUGCCAGCUGGGAGGCAAGUCCUCGAAUCUGGUGGCGGUCUCCGGGAGUCAAGCCACCGUCUACUUUUUGGAUCCCCCAGAAUGCAAGGUGACUCAGCAGGGCGGCGAGUACAUCGGGAGGCAGAACGCGACCCUCUCCGGUUUUCCGUGCCAGCCCUGGGCUAGCUCCACGCCCAACGCCAACCAGCAGCUCUCCGAGCACCUUGGAGGAUUCGCGGACGAGGAGGACGUCCAAAUGGGGCACAACUUCUGCAGGAAUCCGGACGGGAGAGCCGCUCCUUGGUGUUACAACGCAAAUGGCACCAAUCCUUCCUGGGAAUUUUGCAACAUCCCUUUCUGCGAACCACAGAUACCGGCUAAGAAAGCGACAGGUGAAACUCAAGUGCGAGGAUGCUAA